GAUGUUAAGGCUAAUAUUAUGUUUCUUAAGGAAAUAUUUCCGCUUUUUGUGGUUCGUCUGUAUUGGUUUUACCCAUCAGAUUCAUUAUGAAAAGGCCAAUAGUUUUUCGGUUAUAUGGAAUACGCCUGUACAAGACUGUUACAAUAAAUAUGGUCUCGAUCUUAAAUCAACAUUAGAAAGCUUUAGGAUUACGGUUAAUAAGUUUGAUGGUUUGAAAGGUGAUCGCAUUUGUCUAUUUUAUAGGCCUGAUUUAGGUUAUUAUCCAUAUUUUGACCAAAAUGGAAAAGCAAGAAAUGGAGGUCUACCACAGAUGGCCAAUCUCUCGAAACACCUUGAAAAAGCAGAAAGAGAUAUAGAGAAAUUCCUUGAUAAAGGAUUUUCUGGAUUGGCUGUUAUUGACUGGGAAGAUUGGAGGCCUUUAUUUAAACGAAAUUGGGAUUCUAAGAAAAUUUAUCAAGAUCGUAGCAUAGAAUUGGUGAAAAGACGUUAUCCAACUUGGCCAAUGGAUAAAAUAAUUGAAGAAAGUAGAAAAGAAUUUGAAAAAUCCGCCAGACAAUUUAUGGAAGCAACAAUCAACCUUGGUAAGAAACUUAGACCAAUGGCUAAAUGGGGUUUUUACCUCUUCCCCGAUUGUUAUCAUAAUAAAGGAGAUUAUAAAUGUAGUAAAACAACUAAAGAUGAUAAUGAUAAAUUGAAAUGGCUAUUUAGACUGUCAACCGCGCUAUUCCCAUCAGCGUAUUUAAAAGAGAAUUUAUCCCCAACUAGUCAAUGGAAAUUUGUUAGAAAUAGAAUGACAGAAUCAAUAAGGGUUCGAAAAUUAACAGGGCAACUGCAAAAGCCUUUAUACCUAUAUUCAAAGUAUUAUUACAGUAGUACAACAUCCUUCUACAAAGUGGCCAUAUCUCAGCCCAAAGUUACAAUAAAAGAGGAUAGUAAAGAAAUUAAAGUUUGGAGAAGUGAACUUGCCUACAAUUGGCCGUCUUAUAGGAGAAAUUUAAGCAAAGACGACUUGUGGAAUGAAAAUAUCGAAGAUAAUGCUUUGAAGAAUAUUCUAUUUAAAAGAUAUUGGCCUAUUGUUCAUAAUUCUACAAAAUAUGUACUAUACGAAUGUUUAAAAGCUGAUUUAUGCGGGGGUUGGGGAAAUAGAUUACAAGGAAUAUUAGUAGCAUACUUUCUAGCUUUGAUUAGUGAAAGGCAAUUAUUAGUUAACAUUGCCAAACCAUGCAAUUUAACAAGCUAUUUAAAAUCGAAUCUUAUACACUGGGAUACUGAUAUACCAAAUGGAGAGAGACGAGAUCAUAAUUUCUUGGACUCUUAUCCGGAUAAUAUUGAACCUUUUCGAUUUAAUGAAUUAUUAACGAAUCUCUUUGACGAUUCUAUUCAAAUAGUCUCAUUUAAAACUGGUCAAUUUGGCUAUUUGAAAUAUUUUAGCGUUCAGCAACAAUUCAGGCAAUUACUAUUAAGUCAUGGAUUUCGUGACGACGAUCUAACUAAUUUCAAUUAUUUACAACUUCCGUUAAAGUAUAAUAUAUACGACCUUCUAUUUAAACCGCAACCUUCGAUGCAGAGGAAAAAAGACGAAUUUUUUAGGAAGUUAAAUGGUAAUAAGUUAAUUUGUGCGCAUCUCCGAACCGGUGAUUCUAAAUCACUAGUUAACGAUUUCGAUUAUGAGAAUUUAUGGGCAGCUUCAGCAGUUUGGGAAUUUUUUGAAAAGAAAAUAAACUCCAAUGUUAUUUAUAGUAAUUCAAAAAUAUUUGUAGCAACAGACUCACAGUAUUUAAGAGAUGAAGCUAAAAAGUUAUUUAAAGACCGAAUACUUGAUAUUGAAGGAGCAAUUGUUCAUUUAGAUCUUUUUUAUGGAGAAAAAAAUGAUAUCUGCGAUGCAACUGAAAAAGUAAUAUUAGAUUGGGAAAUUCUAUCCGAGUGUGACGUUUUAGUCACUUUACCGUGGAGUACUUUUAGUUCAACUGCUUUAAAUAGAAACAGACAUAGAAAUGAAUUGUAUGCAUGGCAUUACGAAUCUGAAAAGAGGAUAGCUAAAGUUGUUCCAGUCAAACAAGCCCAAAAGUGGCUAUUAGGAAUGGUUGAUACCAUGAUAGGAAAAUGCAAAUGUCUAUCAAAGAGAGAUUUAUCAAAAUGUUAA